GAUGGCCGAGCGCGUCGCUCCCGCGUCCCUGCGCCGCGCCCGCCUCGCGCUCCCUGUCACGGCGUUCGUCCCCGGGCCUGGCGCCCGCGUCCGGCUCGGCUCUGCGGCGGCCUGGCCCGAUGGCGCCUCAGCGGAGGGCCGCAACCAAGGCGCCCGAGGGCAACGGAGCGGCCGAGCGCCGGAACCGGAGCAGCACCAAGAAGGACCGAUCCCCGCGGGAGGUGCAGAGGCUGUGGCAGAGGCCGUGGCUAAGGACUGCGGGCCUGGGGGCCGGCCUUGUGCUCACCGCACUCCUGCUCUGGAGCAACUUAGGGGCCGAAGACGGGGUCACAGAGGUCCUGGCCCGCCGUGGCGAGGUCGUGGCGGGGAGAUUCAUCGAGGUGCCCUGCUCUGAGGACUACGACAGUCACCGCAGGUUUGAAGGCUGCACCCCCAGGAAAUGCGGCAGAGGUGUCACCGAUGUCGUCAUCACCAGGGAGGAAGCGGAGCAGAUUCGCAGCAUAGCUGAGAAGGGGCUCUCCCUGGGAGGAUCUGACGGAGGGGCAUCCAUUCUGGACUUGCACUCAGGGGCCCUGUCUGUCGGGAAGCACUUUGUGAACCUGUACAGAUACUUUGGGGAUAAAAUACAGAACAUCUUCUCAGAGGAGGACUUCCAGUUAUACCGGGAGGUGCGGCAGAAGGUCCAGCUCACCAUCGCCGAGGCUUUCGGCAUCAGCGCGUCCUCGCUGCAUCUGACCAAGCCCACCUUCUUCUCCCGCAUAAACAGCACGGAGGCGCGGACGGCGCAUGACGAGUACUGGCACGCGCACGUGGACAAGGUGACCUACGGCUCCUUCGACUACACCUCGCUGCUGUACCUCUCCGACUACCUGGAGGACUUCGGUGGAGGGCGGUUCGUGUUCAUGGAGGAGGGCGCCAACAAGACGGUGGAGCCGAGAGCCGGCCGCGUCUCCUUCUUCACCUCGGGGUCCGAGAACCUGCACCGGGUGGAGAAGGUCCACUGGGGCACCCGCUAUGCCAUCACCAUCGCCUUCAGCUGCAACCCCGACCACGGCAUCGAGGACCCAGCAUUCCUGUAGCCGGCAGCCAGACCAAGAUAACUUCAGGAGGGCCCGUGUGGAGGCAGCCACGCCGCGGGCGGCACUCCUGGGCCACGCCAGUCGUGCACCCACCCCCACGUCCACCCGUUCCCAUUGCACAGAGUGCCUUAGGAAUUCUCUGAUUUUGAUUUGCUGAUGUGUUAAUCUUUUCAUCCGUGAGUAAAUGGAGGGAACCAGC